UGAAUUGAAUGGAUGAAGAACUGGUUGAAUCCAGUUUGCAAUGCAGUCAUAGACUUCUCAUACACCAGAAUCUGACGCAACUCUCACUGAAUGCUGUCAUAGGAAUGGACUUCUCAUAUGAUAUACAAUGAGAAGACAUUGAAAGUGCAAAUUGUAUCACAUUUUGCUCUUAACUACCAUUUUAUGGAUAUUUCAAUUGAAAUCAAUUCAUGAUUUAAUGUUCAUUUGUAUAGCAUUGCAAACAUAUAACUCGUACCAACUCUGGUCAUGACUAUCGACGGCCCGGAAUUAGUUGUCUUUGAUUUCGACGAGACUAUAGUUGACUGCAAUUCGGAUACAUUUAUCAACGAAUUGGCCACCGAUGGCGUCAUCCCCGAAGAGAUUGUUCAGAAAUACUACGAUCACAACAAUUGGAUCGCUUAUAUGAAGCAAGUCCUCACAUAUCUUCACAAAACGGGUGUCACUGAAGAACAGAUCCGAAGUUGUCUCAAACGAAUGCCACUCAUCGCUGGUAUGAAAGACCUCAUCUUCAAUCUCAAGAACUCUGGUCCACAGAAGUAUGAAUUGAUAAUCAUUUCCGAUGCAAACACUGUAUUCAUCGGACAGUCUCUUGAAUUCAAUCAAAUGGAUAAAGCAUUUCGCAAAGUCUACACAAAUCCGGCCAAAUUUGAUGGCAAUGGAUGUCUUCAAGUGGAAGAAUAUCAGGACCAGAAUUGGUGCGAUAUAUCUGCCCAUAAUCUGUGCAAAGGAUAUGUAUUAAUGGAUUACAUAAGUAAACGCAAGAGUGAGGACAAAAUGCAAUUUUCUCGGGUGUCGUAUGUGGGCGACGGACUCAACGACGUCUGUCCGGCACUCAAACUCACGAAUAACGACAGAGUGUUCGCCCGCACCGGUUAUCCGCUUCACAAACGACUGGCCCUUAAUCCCCAAUUCAACGCUAAAUUAUACCCCUUUGCUGACGGCAAUGACAUCUGGAAUGUCUUAGACACCCGUUCCCAUCAUACUAACACUAUUCAAUAGAUUUAUUUUUAAUUGUAUUUAAAUUUAAUUGUAAUGUCGAGUAUUAAUGAAAUUUAAUCCAAUUUCUGUUUAAUUGAUGAAAUAUUACUUUAAAUAAUUUCCAUGGUUUCAGUUUAACUCUUAUAUUAAUUAGUCAACACUUAAUGGUUAAACCCAUUAAUACAAGUCUAUUACUUAAUGACAAUUCUUUCAAUCCGUCCUUUCCUUAAUAUUUUAAUUAAUUUAAUUUAUUACAAUCAAUAGAUUCACCAUAUAUUGUAAUUAAUGUUAACUCAAUUUUAUUUAUUGUAUAAUUUAUUUCGC